GGGGACGCCAUUAAUAUCUGCGCUGAAUUCACAGAUGAUGCUCUCGCAUUGCGCAGAGUGAAACCGACCGACGCUUCUCUUCUUCCCCUUCUUCACUGCCUUCUUUCUAGAGAGAAAGACAGAGAGAGAGAGAGUUAUUGGCGAUGAAUUUCCGUUAGCGGCUGAUCGCUUCCGUUUCCUUCUCCGUCGGAUCUCAAUUCACUCCUCUGCGUGUCUUUCACUAAGGUUUGGGAAAGAAUGGGGCUGAUUUCGGGGAUUCUCAUGGGGACGAUCUUCGGCAUCGCGCUCGUGGCGGGAUGGCACCACAUGAUGCGGUAUCGUAGCUCCAAGCGCACAGCUAAGGCUGUCGACAUAAAAUUACUGGGGUCCCUUAAUAGAGAUGACUUGAAGAAGAUUUGUGGUGAUAACUUUCCAGAAUGGAUAUCUUUUCCAGUUUUUGAGCAGGUGAAAUGGCUGAACAAGCAACUGAGCAAAUUGUGGCCCUUCAUUGCAGAGGCGGGUACAUUGGUGAUUAAGGAGACUGUGGAGCCACUGUUGGAAGAUUACAGACCUCCAGGAAUUACUUCAUUAAAAUUCAGCAAGCUUUCCCUAGGAACUGUGGCACCGAAAAUUGAAGGUAUUCGUGUUCAGAGUCUUAAGAAAGGUCAGAUUAUAAUGGACAUCGAUUUCCGCUGGGGAGGUGAUCCUAGCAUCAUUCUAGGAGUCGAAGCUGCACUUGUUGCUUCAAUACCCAUUCAGUUGAAAGAUCUUCAAGUUUUUACUGUAGUUCGUGUCAUCUUCCAACUUGCUGAAGAAAUCCCUUGCAUUUCGGCAGUUGUGGUUGCAUUGCUCUCUGAGCCCAAGCCUAGGAUCGAUUACACUCUUAAAGCAGUUGGUGGAAGCUUAACAGCCAUUCCAGGACUUUCCGACAUGAUUGAUGAUACUGUAAAUUCAAUUAUCACAGAUAUGCUUCAAUGGCCUCACAGAAUUGUUGUUCCGAUUGGGGGUAUUCCAGUAGACACGAGUGAAUUAGAACUUAAACCACAAGGAAAGCUUUUUGUUACUGUGGUUAAAGCAAAUGAUCUGAAGAACAUGGAAAUGAUUGGAAAGUCCGAUCCAUACGUCAUUGUGUAUAUACGGCCUGUGUUUAAAGUUAAAUCAAAGGUCGUAGAGAACAACCUCAAUCCUGUUUGGAACCAAACGUUUGAGGUUAUUGCAGAAGACAAGGAGACUCAGUUUCUUACUGUUGAGGUUUUUGACAAGGACAUUGGUCAAGACAAGCGGCUGGGAAUUGCCAAAUUACCUUUGAUUGAUCUGGAGCCUGAUGUAGCGAAGGAAGUUGAGCUGAGGUUGCUUCCGUCACUUGAUAUGCUGAAGAUAAAGGACAAGAAGGACAGAGGAACAGUAACUGUCAAGGUUUUUUACCACCAAUUUAACAAGGAGGAGCAGCUAGCUGCUCUAGAAGAGGAGAAGAGGAUCUUGGAGGAGAGAAAGAAACUGAAAGCAGCAGGAGCAAUAGGAAGUACCAUGGACGCACUUGAUGGAGCUGUCGGAUUGGUGGGUACAGGUAUAGGUGCUGGGGUUGGGCUCGUCGGAACCGGCAUUGGUGCAGGGGUUGGGGUUGUUGGAAGUGGCCUCGGGGCUGGAGCUGGGAUAGUUGGGAGCGGGUUCGGGGCUGUGGGAAGUGGCUUGAGUAAAGCUGGGAAGUUCAUGGGUCGAACCAUCACGGGACAAUCCGGCAACCCCAAGAGGAGUGGGAAUUCUACCCCAGUUAACAGCGCCCAAGAAAAUGGUGGUGCAAAGCCACGGUAGUGCCUGUAUACAUGGUGUCUUUUGUGAAUUAUCGGCAUUCUAUUAGCUGGUUGCAGGUGACUCCUUUUGUUCCUUUUCUCUUCCGAUGAUUAGGAUCCUCCUCCUCCUUUUCUCCUUUCCGUUGUUCCAUCUGCUUCUUUCGGAAUUUGGUGGCAAAGUAAUCGCUGUUGCUUAUUCUAGCUAAUCUGUAUCAUCCUGCAUCUUGUAGCUUCUGUCAUAAGUAACUUCAAGUUCAAGAAAAGUACUCGUUAGAUUUAAUAUU